AAGUAAAUCAAAUAUUUUGAUUUCCGGUUGCCAUACUUAUGACGAUCUCUCUUUCCGACUAACACUCGUUGUUAAAGUUAUACCAGAAUGAAGGCAAAAGGAGAACUGAAAGAAUAUGAGGUCAUUGGGCGUAAACUCCCAACAGAAAAGGAGAAAACACCUCCUUUAUAUAAAAUGAGAAUAUUUGCACCAGAUGCAAUAGUUGCCAAAUCAAGAUUUUGGUAUUUCCUGCGUCAGUUGAAAAAGUUUAAGAAAUCAACUGGAGAGAUCGUAUCACUUAAACAGAUUCCAGAAAAGACUCCAAUAAAAAUAAAGAACUUUGGAAUUUGGUUGCGAUACGAUUCUCGAUCUGGAACACACAAUAUGUACAGAGAAUACAGAGAUUUAUCUGUUAGCGGAGCUGUAACUCAAUGUUACAGAGAUAUGGGAGCACGUCAUCGUGCACGAGCUCAUUCAAUUCAAAUAAUUAAAGUUGAAGUGGUAAAGGCUGCAAAUUGUCGAAGACCACAAGUUAAACAAUUCCAUGAUUCAAAAAUUAAAUUCCCAUUACCUAAAAGAAUACAUCAUAAAAAUCGUAUGCCUCUCUUUAGUGUUCGUAAACCACGCACUUAUUUCCUUUAAGUGUAUUUACUUACAGCAUUUUGUAUAUUGUCACUCUGAAUACAAAAUUCUAAACAUUUUAAACUGAA